AUGGCGGACCAAUCAGACAUCACGCUCUACACCACCCAAACGCCCAACGGCAUCAAGAUCUCCAUUGCGCUCGAAGAGCUCGGCCUCCCCUACAAGGUCCACAAGAUCGAGUUCUCAAAGAACACCCAGAAAGAGCCAUGGUUCCUGGAGAUCAACCCCAACGGGCGCAUCCCCGCGCUCACCGACACUUUCUCAGACGGCAAGACUAUCAACCUCUUUGAAAGCGGCAGCAUCAUGCAGUACCUCGUCAGCCGGUACGACACCGAGCACAAGAUCAGCUAUCCCCAGGGCAGCAGGGAGUGGUACGAGAUGAACAACUGGCUGUUCUUCCAGAACGCGGGGGUGGGUCCGAUGCAGGGGCAGGCUAACCACUUCACGCGCUACGCACCCGAGCACAUUGAAUACGGCGUCAACCGGUACCAGAAUGAGACAAAGCGUCUGUACGGCGUGCUCGAUACACAUCUGUCCGAGAAGAAGAUCCCCUACCUGACUGGCGAGAAAUGCACGAUUGCUGAUAUCGCACACUGGGGCUGGAUCGCCGCCGCCGGCUGGUGCGGCAUCGACAUCGAGCACUUCCCCGCGCUGAAAGCGUGGGAAGAGCGCAUGGCCGCACGCCCUGCCGUCGAAAAAGGCCGCCAUGUGCCCGACCCGCACACCAUCAAGGAGCUCCUCAAGGACAAAGAAGCCAUGGAGAAGCAUGCGGCCGAGAGCCGCGCUUGGGUGCAGAAGGGGAUGAAGGAGGACGCGGAGAAGCUGAAGAAAUAG